UUUUACUGAGGUAUAGGAGUGACCAAUAGUGUAGUGAUUAAAAAAAACAUUGUCACCCCUGUAGCGAGAGGCCUUGGGUUCAGAUCUCGCUUCAGAACACAUGUUCACAGGGCUGGUUUGGGAGUUUUCUCCGGAUACUCCAUUCCUCUCCUCUCAUAGUUCGAAAUCACCCCUAGGUGGAGGCACUUUCUCGCCAAAGAAACCGACCAACCGUUUACUUGUGAAGAUCAAUCAAAUUAAUCGUUUUGUGAACUUUAGGGACAUAGGAAGUGUAAUCAAAGUGUCGAGAGCAUUUGGAACUUUAGAGCACUUGGCAAAUUUGACGCACCGACGGUUUAAACUUGUGUAGAAACCUAUUCUCACUGAGGUAGUGACUGAGCUAGUCUCUAGGAAAAGAAGAAGCCUGUCCCAUUGUUGCACUUCGAUCUCAGCCCACAUCAUGGGUGGGAGGAAAGGGUCGGAAGUCCGGUCAUGUGCUCCAAGGACAUAAACAACACAAUUAAAGAGGCUACGGCGCAAAGAGGCACCAGGUCAACAGGAUGUGGAGCUGUCAGCCCGUGUCGUUGCAGAGGAUAAGCUGCACAAACGUCACGUGACUGAAAGAUGUCGGGCUGUCCUUAUUCCUGUUUGCAUGACGUGUCCGGCAAGUGAAGUGAUGGUGGGGAUAGGGGUGGUGCUUGUGCAACAGUGGGACAUCAAUGGUUCAGCAAUUAUUAUAGUGUCAUUGCUCAUUGCCAGGGUGAAGGGCGAGCAUCAUCGGCUUGAAGGACUCGCAUUGCUGUCAUCCCUGAGACUUCAGUCACACAUACUGCCACAGGAAGGGGCGAUAUUUUCAGUAAAAAAAUCAGGACUGAAUAAACGGUGAACAAGUCCACAACAUUUCAAGGUACUUCAUCCCAUGGAGACACGACAACAACACCAUCAGUCCCAUCACCAACCCUCUCUAGUCACUACGGCAUCUACAACUCAAAGAGAUAUUGUCUCUUCGGGGGUGAGUCUUACGACUCCUACUGCAACCAAUCAUUUUCCGGGGCAUCAUGAUCGGGAAUCAACAUUUAACUUUGCGGCAGAACAUCACGUGAGUGGUCAGAUUUCAAAGCAUCAUGUCAGCGCUUUGCAACCAACUGCCCAUGACGAGGACUAUCAAAGGAAAGCACACAUGGCAUCUGACUCCCACAAGCCGGUAUUUCGAUGGACAACAGAUGUCACAGUCCUUUUUGAAGGCUGGACAACUCGUACUAUAGCCGGUGUGACAGCCGCCAUGCUACUAGCAGCUUUGGCCGGUGCCAUGUACGAGCUACUGCGCAACUUCCUGUCUUCUUGGGACAGCACGCCCCGGCCACUCCGCCGUUUACCAAGAUGGAAGCUUUACACCUUGCGAAUUUUCCGUUCAGGGAUGCACUUACUGAACGCUGCAGCAGGAUACACCCAAAUGCUCCUGGCUAUGACCUUUGACCUUCGCAUAUUUACCGCCAUUCUCUUAGGCAGCAGUCUUGGCUUCUUCGUGCUUGGACCGUACUUUAGCCGGAUUACUUUCAAGAAAAAGUCAGUAUGAACAAAGUGCUAAUGCUAGCAGCGUGGAACUAUCGUGGAAAGUCAAAGACCGCAGACACAAUCAAUCUGAUCCUCGGUCAGAUAGCGACGAGGACAAGAAGUGCAGUGCAGAAGACCGUGACCUCGAGAAAUCCGUCCCAUUAUUGACUCUCGGUGCUCACACAGAACAGAUCAGCUAUAAGGAGUUGAGUCAGCUGGAGGAGACUGCAGUGUAGUAAACAUGAAUCGUCUUGAUGCAAGCUGCCACACAUCUAUAACAACCCCAGCAUAGAAGAGGUCACAGACUCCGGGAAGGGAAAGGUUACACUGUGGGAGAAGGGGGUGAAAUCAAUAAGCAUUGGUGGUCACAGACGUAGAUAUGGGAUAUAAGUUCGUGGUGGUGGUGGUGGUGGGGAGAAGGGUGAUGCUGAUGAACUUUUGCUGGUGUGCACUUCAGGAUGACUUAACUGUGAAUCAGUGUUUUAAAGUCUAUAAAGAAACCGAUAGAAUAAAUACGUUUGUCAGUGUUAGAGGAAGUGUUUAAUAAAUAUCAUUCCUCCUGGA